AUGUCCGACAGACCUGAAGGGCACAAGCGCUCCCGCAGUGCGCUGGCGCUUGCACUCCUGCAUCGUGACAAGUCCAAGGGCGAAGACAAGGAAGCAGACGAUACUACCGACAACGCUUCUGUCGGCACUGCCUCUUCGAAUGGCUCGCCGCCCGCCCACCACCGCAGCAACAGCCGAAGCCGCCUGAGCCGAAAGAAGACCGUCUCUCCCCCCGAGCCCCUCCUUGAACAUAUCCCUACCAACACGAGCUACCAAAGCGCCGACGGCGACGUCAACGCCAACCCCAACGCCAUGGACGUGCCCUCCGUCACGCUGACCGAGAGCGGUGGCAGCUUGUCCCUCGACCAGUCCGUGCGGACCUUCCGUCUGUUUGAGAUCCUACGGAGCGGUGAUACUACUGCCAUCUCCAAGGCUAUCAAGGAGUCUAGCGAUCCCCAAGUGGAGAACAACUUGUACGGAACCACUAUCCUCCACCUGGCCCUACAGUGUGCCGAGCCCCAGGUUGUCGAGUUCGUGCUGUCCUCGAGUGAGAACCUGGAUAUCAAUGCGCGGGAUCGCGAGGGGAACACCCCACUGCACUUGGCCGCACAGCUUGGCCGUGUCGCUCUUGUCAAGGAUCUACUGAGUCGACCAUCCGUCAAUGACGCGAUCGUCAACUACCGCGGCCAGACGGCGCUGGAUGUUGCUCGUACACCGGAGAUCUUCCAGCAGCUCCAGCUCGCUCGCUCCCUCUUCAUCGACAGCAAGACGCAGGAGAUCCAGGCCCUGGUCACCAAGGGCGAUUACGAUAGCCUGGAAACGUUGCUCGAGGAACCCCGCGUCGAGGGCAUCAUCGAUGUCAACAGCCUGGACCUGGUCACGGAUCGGACUACUGCGCAAACUGGUGGUACUUUGCUUCAUGAGGGAGCUCGUAACAAGAAUUUCCAGCUCAUCGAGCUUCUCUUGACGCAUGGAGCGGAUCCGUUCCGCCGUGAUAAGAAGGGCAAGCUACCCCAAGAUGUUACCAAGGAUGACAAGACGCGCGCUAUGCUGAAGAAGUCCCCGGCUGCGGCGAUUGCCCAGCGCGGUAUACAGGAGAAGGCUAUUUUGGGGAAUAGCAAUGCUCAGGGAUUGUCCGGCCGUGUUUCGAUUGGUGAAGCACCACUGGCUGGGAAGGAUGCCCGUGAGAUGAAGGGUUAUCUUAAGAAGUGGACCAAUUACACGAGUGGUUAUAAGUUGCGGUGGUUUGUUCUGGAGGAUGGCGUGUUGAGCUAUUAUAAGCACCAAGAUGAUAUCGGCUCUGCCUGCCGUGGAGCUAUUAACAUGAAGAUUGCUCGGUUGAGCAUGGACGCUCAAGACAAGACUCGCUUUGACAUUCACGGCAAAUCCUCGGUCAAGUAUCAUCUGAAGGCGAACCAUGUUGUCGAGGCGAAGCGCUGGUUCUGGUCAUUGAACAAUGCCAUCCAAUGGGCCAAGGAUGAAGCCAAGGAAGAGGAGAGGCAGCGCUCACAGAAUGCGGAGGCUCUUCGCCAGGCAAAGAUCGACCAGACUGAGGGUCGUUCAACGGGAACUCCCUCUGAGUCCGGUCUGAGCCACAAGCCUAGCACAAAGGGCCUGGCACCUCCGUCUUUAAGCGUUCCCAGCGGUAGUAUGACAAGGCUUAGCACCCAUGCUUCGCGGACUACUCUUGAGACUACUGGUGGGGAUGAAGAUAGCUCUGUCUAUGAUUCAGUUGACCAAAGUACUUCUCCGAACGAAGUGAACCGUGUGACUAGCCAUGUUCCAAGUGGUCCCGACGGGGAAGCCGAGGAUGAUGACUAUGGGGACUAUGCUUCCAGCCAUGAGGAUGCGCCAAAUGAGGACAAGGAUGCGCUCAACAUCACCGCGCAGUCAGCGAAGCUCCAAUUGGAUCUCCUGGCCAACGUCGCCGCAUCUCUGCAGGCUGAACGGGCCAAGAACCCCGAAACGUCGAUUUCAGACCCGGCCGUCGAGCAGGCACUGGGUGCGUAUGAGGCUGCUGUCAGCAGCCUGAAUGGCCUAGUGCAGAAUCUCCUCAAGAUCUCGCGAGAUCGCGAUUCCUACUGGCAGUAUCGACUGAACCGGGAGGAGUACCUCCGCCAAAUGUGGGAAGAAAGCAUGGCCCGUGUCGCUCAAGAGCACGAGGAACUGCAGUCCAGGAUGGGCGAGUCUGAAGAGAAGCGUAAGCGAACCAAGAAGGCUCUGAAGGAGGCUCUGGAAAACGCGACGGCGAGCAGUCGCUCGAUGACUGGUCCGCCAUCUCGCAUGCCGAUGGAUGGUUCUGCAACUCUGGAAUCCAGCCAGCCUCAGAUUCGGGAGUUGGAGAGUACCACUGGAGAUGAGGAGCCCAGCCAGGCGCCCAUCAUGCCUACUCUCAACCGCAAGCCGUCGGUUCUGUCACAGAUUAGUAGCCUGUACGACUCCGAAUCGGAUGGUGAUGAGUUCUUUGACGCUAUUGAUGCGGGUGAGAUUGAGGUCGAGGAAUUCAAAGAGAGCGAGAAAGUGGAGGAGCCUCAAGAUGAAAGUGCUCAGGCUCGCGCGAACAAGCUUGCAGUGGUCAAGGCUUCUUUCAAGGGUUAUGAAGAGCCUGUGCGUGAGCGUCUGAAGAUGGAUAACGAUGACCGGCCUAAGAUUUCUCUCUGGGGUAUUCUGAAAUCCAUGAUUGGAAAGGAUAUGACCAAGAUGACCCUGCCUGUGUCUUUCAACGAGCCUACUUCCUUGCUGCAGCGUGUCGCUGAGGAUUUGGAGUACACCGAUCUUCUUGAUAUCGCUGCAGACCGGUCUGAUUCUAUGGAACGUCUCGUUUAUGUUGCCUCGUAUGCUGCUAGUGAGUAUGCUUCGACUAUCGGGCGUGUGGCGAAGCCGUUCAAUCCGCUGCUUGGUGAAACUUUUGAGUAUGUGCGGCCCGACAAGGGCUACCGGUUCUUCGUGGAACAGGUUAGCCAUCACCCACCGAUUGGUGCGGCGUGGGCUGAGUCGCCCAAGUGGGAUUACUGGGGCGAGUCAUCUCUCAAGUCCAAGUUCUACGGAAAGUCCUUCGAUAUCAACCUCCUCGGUACCUGGUUCCUCAAGUUGCGCCCGAUUACCGGCGGCGAGGAGCUGUACACCUGGAAGAAGGUCACGUCUUCUGUGAUUGGCAUCAUCACCGGAAACCCCACUGUUGAUAACUACGGUUUGAUGGAGAUCAAGAACUGGACCACUGGCGAGGUCUGCUACCUGGACUUCAAACCUCGCGGUUGGAAGGCCUCGUCUGCCUACCAGGUCUCUGGCAAGGUCGUUGACCGUAAUGGCUCACCUCAGUGGACCAUUGGCGGUCGCUGGAACGACAAGAUCUACGCUCGUCACACUCCCGGCUUCGAGGCUCCCGUCUCCGGCCAAGAUCCCGAGUCAGCUAAGACCCUCCUGGUCUGGCAGGCACACCCCCGCCCGACAGGCAUUCCUUUCAACCUGACUCCCUUCGUCAUCACUCUGAAUGCCCUGCCCAAGGGAUUGAGGGAGCACCUACCUCCUACCGAUACUCGUCUGCGUCCUGAUCAGCGUGCUAUGGAAGACGGCGAGUAUGACCUCGCUGCCACCGAGAAGCACCGCGUCGAAGAGAAACAACGCGCCAAGAGGAAAGAACGCGAGGCCAACGGCGAACUUUAUAAGCCGCAGUGGUUCGUCCGGGAUAGAUGUCCCAUCACCGGGGAGGAGUUCUGGGCCCAUAAUGGCAACUACUGGGCUAGCAGAGAUGCCCAUGAUUGGAGCAGGUCGGAGGAUAUUUUCUAA